AAUCACGACAUCACGGUCCGCCCAUAAUGCGUUUGAUACAGGCUUUCAUAACGGCAUUGCUGCCAUUCGCGGCGCUCGCGGCCACAAAGACGCCCGAAGAACGAUUCAACGAAGCCAUUUCGAAAUCACAACCCAUCAAGCUUGACGACAGGGCAUACGACAAACUUACCAGAGCUCCGCGAGACUACUCUGUUGCCGUUCUCUUGACAGCUUUGGAUGCAAGAUUUGGAUGUGCCCUAUGCACAGAGUUCCAGCCAGAAUGGGAGCUUUUGGCCAAGAGCUGGACCAAGGGCGACAAGAGCAAAGAGUCAAGAUUGGUCUUCGCUACACUGGACUUCUUCGAUGGAAAGCAGACCUUUCAAAGCCUUCAACUCCAGACUGCUCCAGUGAUGCUUCUCUGGCACCCAACUACUGGACCCCACGCGAAGCCUGACAGGCCCAUGGAAAGAUUGGACUUCAACACUGGCAUCAAUCGCGCCGACCCAGUCCAUGGCUGGCUCUCUCGAAACCUGCCUGAUCGACCUCACCCACCACUCUCCCGACCAAUCAACUAUGUCAAGGUCGCCGUCACCAUCACUGCUGUACUUGGUGUAGUCACCUUCUUCGCCGUCGCUGCACCAUACAUCCUGCCCAUCAUCCAGAACCGUAAUCUCUGGGCUGCCAUCUCACUCAUUGCCGUACUCCUCUUCACCUCCGGACACAUGUUCAACCACAUCAGAAAGGUGCCAUACGUUGCUGGGGACGGGAACGGAGGCGUUAGCUACUUUGCAGGUGGCUUCCAGAACCAAUUUGGAUUGGAGACGCAGAUCGUUGCUGCGAUAUACGGAAUCCUUGCAUUCGCGACGAUCAGCCUUGCGCUCAAGACACCUCGCAUCCAAGAUCCACAGGCACAGAAACUCGCGGUGAUCGUCUGGGGGGGCGUCAUUCUUGUCGUCUACUCUUUCCUGCUCAGUGUCUUCCGUGUGAAGAAUGGAGGAUACCCCUUCUGGCUGCCACCAUUCUAGAGGCCUUGUCGCGGCGGUGAGCGGCCGAAGCGGGCUCACAAGCAUUGCAUGUGUAGGUAACAUGUAUCAAAAGCGACCAUUAAAAGCAUUCGGCGCAUAGAAUCCAUCUCAGGCUAAUCCUCACUGCAAGCAUGCUCUCUCAAACACGUUCUUCCAUGGUCCUACAAGCCGCUUCUACGUUAUGUAGCAAUUCCAUGGAGCUAAUGUGAAAGCAGGAGGCCACAGUCUCAGCAUCUGGAACGUGACGCGCUCGCAGCUCAGCACGAAUAUCAAUCCGUGGCUCUCACUCAUCGUCAUGUAGUCAAUGCAAGCUCCAACUGGAGCUCACUCAGCCUACGGUCGAGAGCAUUGUCUUGAGCCACCGAACACAUGGCGGACUAAAAAAGCAAUUCAUACAAUGUCGGGUGCUGCUUUCGUCAUCUAUAAAUCCCCUUCAUACAUGUAUCCACUAAUGUAUCUUC